AUGGCGGACCAGGAGGAGUUGGAGAGGCAAGCGCAGGUGAUGGCGGAGAAGGCUUUAGCUGCUCUUCCGGAAGCCGCGCGGGCGGGGAAGAUUGCGAAAGUCAAGGAGGGCAUCCUCAAGCGCCUCAUUCAGCAGGCCAACGCAGCUGGUGCAGUCGCUCCUGCUGCACCUGCUCCAGGGGCGCCGCCGGCCGCGCCGGGAGCGCCGCCAGUAGCGCCGGUGCUUGCACGGGGCGCACCGCCACCUCCCCCGGCGCCCCCCGACCACGAGCCGGACAGCCUGCCCGAGAAAAUGCCGGGCAUCGAGGUGCUUGGGGAUGAGCCCUGGUUCUCGCAUGUGCCGACUAGACGGUCCCUGCGAGAGCGGGUUGUGGCAGCACACGCAGCCCAGAAGAUCCUCGUCGCCGCCCCGGCGGCGGAGAUCAAGAGAAUUUGCCCAGGACCUGGCCGCACACUGGGCGCCGGAGGGGUGCUUCGACUCGGGGGCUCCUUGCUGGGAGGCUACGGGGAGGCAGAUAUCAACUAUGCGUAUCGCCAGCUCUCCCGCGCGCUACACCCGGAUAAGAAUCCGGACAUCGAGGAGGCCCACGAUGCCUUCAAGCGGCUCACCGAUGCGGCAGCAGAGCUGAAAGAAGGUUUGGAGGAGCAGAGAAAUCUUCUCAGAGCCAUCUGUCUCACCAUGGGGACGGCGGUGACUCCCGAAAUGUUGGAGCGGCCGCAGGAAGCCCUGUUUGCAGAGGCCACCCGCAUGCUGCAUGCGGUGCUAGCGCUGACGGGCGAGGGAGAGGUGCCCGGACCGGCACACUCCCGCUCGCUUGCUGCCUUUACAGCCUCGACGACGUGGACAAACAGCAGACCACAGGUUCUCCUAGCGGAGUGGUUCGACAUGAACCGGCUCCUCGACCUCUUCGGCACCCCCCCGCUGCGGACGGCCUACGACUGCGCCCCAAAGCGCUUCCGGGCGUUCAGGAAACACUUGCUGAGGCAAUUCCUCUGUGCGCUGAACCGCGCAACACUCGCGGAGGCUAAGAGGAACAACGACUGUGUGCGCGGGAACUGGCACACUGUCAUGAUGCAGUACCCUGAGAUCGGACUUUGGCGCGACCUGCGCGAAAAAAUGAAGCUCCGCGUGUGGACGCCCGAAGCCAAUGAGCCCGGCGCUGGCACGAAGACCCGGCGAGGCAGCAUGUGGGACGACGAGGAGGGCAAGCGCACGUCUGCUUGGGCGACGUUAUGGCGGGAUAGGAUCCGCAACGUGCUCCCGCGCGGCAUCGAUAGUUUUGUGGGGGCCGGAGACAAGGAGGUGCGACUGAUGGUCGCCGCACUCUGGAAAGACAUCACGGAGUGGGCCAAAACAGAUGGCGAGGCCACACGCCACCUCAACCUCUUCACAGCGGAGCCCUCUACGAACCCGGACGAGACCACGGAGGUGCCAUCAGUGGAGGAGUGGGCCUUCGUGCCAGCUGCUGACAUCCUCCUGGUGGUUGGAGAGGGCAUCGUCGGCAUCACUGCAGAAGGCAUUGGCGCGGCGGACGCCAAGCCGGGCCACGACAGGAUGACCUUCGCGGAGGCCAUGCAGGACAAGAAGCAGAAGUCCAAGGACGACGACGAUGAUAAAGAAAAGAAGAAGGGCAAAGACGACAAGGACGCAAGCAGGUCGCGCAGUGGCGGCGACAGGAAGAAGGUCCCCAAAGACAAGGAUGGCAAGCCCAUGAAUGACCCAGACUUCAACUGGGAAAAGGUCUGGCGCGAGCGGGUGAACCAAAGCAAGCAGCGGCGCGUCGUGAGGUCUGCGACCCCGCGCGGCCGUCGACGCUCCCGGUCCCGGCGACGCUCACGGUCGCGCGUCAGAAGAGACCGGAGUCGGGAUAGGCGGCGGCGUGCCUCAGGAUCCCGCUCGCGGUCGGGCUCCAGGUAA